AUAUAAACAAAAACCAGUAUAUAGAGUAUUGGGUGAAGUUUCCACUGGAGAAGUAAAACCCUAUCAGCCCAAUUUUAAACAAUCCAUUUCUCCUCAUUCUUUAGGAUUAGGCCCGACAUUGAGGAAAUAAAAUAUAAACAUUGGGUUGAGGAUGUUCCAACUUCCGAGGGCGAUGGCAGGCCCAGUAGGCCUCCCAAGUGCAGAGGUUUGAUCUAGAGUAACGACCCACCAAAUUGUAGAGAGUCAAAAGUCAAACGGCCAUAGAGCCAUACGAUGAUUUCCACCGUCGCCAUCAUGUCCGACAACAAAAAUCCGGCGGUCCUGGUUACCGUCGCCGCACAAGAUCAACCUUUCUUCCCAAAGCGGUCCACAUUGCUGCCAACUCCACUCGACGUUGCGUUUGGUUCUGUGUUAAGCCGCGUUGCGGUAAGUAAGAUGAGCCCUGGAGUUCGUUCCGAUGGGAUGGGAACUGGCGAUAAAGUUGUAGAAAUUGAGAGCUUAGACAGAGGUUUGUGGUCGGAUUCUGGUUCCUCGGAGGAAAGGGAGGCAGAAGAUGAGCCGGUUCUUUAUGCGGUAUCUUUGUAGGAGAUGGAGGAGAAUUUCGUUAAGUAUCUUACGGUGAAAGGGGCUCUGUAUUCGUUGCUUUUGAUAUUGGCUUGCGGCAUUGGGUUGUUUGUGUUGCUGUAUUUGUUGGAAAGUUUACGUUGGUUUCGGAUAAUUGUAUUUGGUCUCUUAAGAUUGGGUGAAAUAGAAAAAUUGAUAAAAU